GUCUGUUGUGGGCGGGGCCAGAACCCUCUGUGUCUGCUCCGCACUAACAGAGGAAGGACAGCUGCCCUCAGCAGCGGAGGAAGGGAAAGAAGAGCUGGUGCCAGAAUGCGUUAAGCGAUGGCUCGAACCCGAAUUUUAGCUCCAGUUCUCCGUCCGAGCCGCCCUGGAAGAAACAUGGCGUGAGACGAGACGUGUGACACUAAGUGCGAAGGCUGUCGGGGGAGUUUACUCGUAGCGGCAGACUGCGUGCUGCCGCUGCCUGGAAGUUUUUCCUCCUGUUGUUUCUCCGUCGGGGUGUCCCGACGGCGGCGGCGGAGGUGGCGGCGGCUCUCUCCCCGGAGCGGUGUCCCGGUCUGCCCAGCCCCAUGCAAAACGUAACGGCCCCUGGCGGCCCUGGCAACUCCAAUGUCACCUGCUCCUGCAACUGCACCGCUUCCCAACCACAGGGAAUGGAGAUAUCUGAACUGGAGUUUGUUCAGAUUGUCAUCAUCAUCGUGGUGAUGACAGUGAUGGUGGUGGUGAUCAUCUGCCUGCUCAACCACUACAAGCUCUCCACCUGGUCCUUCAUAACACGGCAGAGCCAGGCCCGCAGGCACGACCACGCCCUGCAGCAGGAUGGCUGUCUCUGGCCUUCAGACAGCGGAUCCCGACAAGGUGCCUCAGAGGUAUUAUACGCUCCCCAGGCCAGGGAUCGCUUCACCGCUCCCUCCUUCAUGCAGCGCGACCGCUUCAGCCGCUUCCAGCCCACCUACCCCUACAUGCAGCACCAGAUCGACCUGCCGCCCACCAUAUCGUUGUCAGACGGCGAGGAGCCCCCGCCGUACCAGGGGCCCUGCACGCUGCAGCUCCGCGACCCUGAGCAGCAAAUGGAGCUGAACCGGGAGUCAGUGAGGGCGCCGCCCAACCGGACCAUCUACGACAGUGACUUGAUCGACAUAGGGAACGGCGGCGGCCUGGUCGGGGCCGGGGGAGGUGGGGGAGGCCUGGGAGGAGGGGGCCCAAGGCCACCCAGCAGUAACUCUGGCAUCAGCGUGGCUAACUCCUGCAGCCACGGGCGCAUGGAGGGGCCCCCGCCGGCAUACAGUGAGGUGAUGGGCCAUUUCCCAGGCUCCACGUUCUUUUUACACCAGCACAGCAAUAACCAGAGAAUAGGGAGACCGGAGGAUCCGGGGGGACUGGGGAGCAGGACGAUCCAGCAGCAGGGCCAAUCAGAAAGCACAAUAGUACCUGCCAAGGCCAAGGAUGGCCAACCAGAGGACCUGGUGUGAGGAAAGGGGGAGUGGGGCAGGCGGGGGCCAAGCACCCCGGACUCAGCACCGUCUCCUAUGUUUACGGCUGACAUGGAAGUAUCGGCCUCUGUAUCGCUCUGUCGCUCUCAUGUCCUCUCUCCACACUCCCACGCACAAACAAAUCUCGACCCGAGCUACAGCAAAACAAGGAAGGAGAAACCCAGAGUUGAUUUCAUUUCACUUUCUAUCCAGCCGGCACCGCUGGGGAAUUUUUAUUUCCUCCUUCUCUUGGAGAGAGAGAGAAAAACUCUAGCUAGCACAGCCUUUGGGUUUUUUGCAUUCUAUGAAAUCUCUACCAUGGGGAUUGAGGAGAAAGUUCCUUUUUUCUUUUGUCUUUUUGAUUUGCUUUUCGGACCGGGAUCUGUGCACAACGCGAGAACUGAGAACCCAGGACAUACAGAGAACACAACAAAAAACAAAACUAAAGACUCACAAACCCAAAUCUUAGUGCCAAGGUUCACAAGGAAGCAAAGCAAAGAGGGCAAAUAACAUCUUCUAACAUUCACAACACAACAAAAAGAAAAGUUCCCUAAAAGUUGCACUAUCUCUUUUGUCGUAAGAGAGGAGGGACAUGAUGUCAUGUGAUGCUGAUGUUUGUGUUUUCAUUUUAUUUUUGUUGCAGGGUUACUCUUUGCUUUUUGUUGUUUUUUUGUUUUUUUUAGUCAAGGGUUUCUUUUCAAAGAUGGACUGACUGAAUGACUGACUGAAGACUCGCUCCAAAGUUGUCAAAAAA